UUCCUUUUUCCCGUCAACGUGUGUGUGUUUUCUGUGUGUUUCUGUCUUGUUCAACAUUGAUUUUUUGUUGUUUUUUUCCCGAAAUUCUUUUUCAAAAAAUAAAAAUUCUUAAAAAUUCCUAUCCAAAAUGAAAGCCCAGCAAUUGGUUGGCGAACAGAAUGAAAAAGCUUUUCAAAAGCAACCAACAGUUUUUCUAAACAAAAAACCACCAACCGGUGGUGGUGUUCGUUAUCGUAAAGUUCAACGUUAUGUACGUAAAGUUGGUCUUGGUUUUCGUACACCCAAAGAUGCCAUCGAAGGCAAUUACAUUGAUAAGAAAUGUCCAUUCACUGGUGAUGUUUCUAUUCGUGGCCGUAUUCUUCGUGGUACAGUUAUCAAAAUGAAGAUGCAACGUACUAUUGUUAUACGUCGUGAUUAUCUUCAUUAUAUUCGAAAAUAUAAUCGUUUCGAAAAACGUCAUCGUAAUAUGUCUGUUCAUCUUUCACCAUGUUUCAGAGAUGUUGCAUUGGGCGAUGUUGUUACUGUUGGUGAAUGUAGGCCAUUAAGUAAAACAGUUCGUUUUAACGUACUAAAAGUAACCAAAUCGGCUAGUUCGAAAAAACAAUUUAAUAAAUUUUAAAAAUACCAUGACCAGACACACAUCAACAA